AUGAAUACAUAUACUGUUUCUGAUGUUUCACAAAAAAACACAACUGAUUGUUUAUGGAUAAUUUAUGAAGGAAAUGUUUAUGAUAUAACUAAUUUUUAUCCUCAUCAUCCUGGUGGUAAAGCACUUUUAAAAUAUGCUGGAAAGGACAUUACAUCAGUUAUAUUACAUAUUCCUUCACACAUUAUUGCAAUUCAAACAAUAAAAAAUGUACUGGAAAAUAAUUUAAUUGGUAAAUUAUACAAUUCAUAA